AUGCAGGGAAUUGAAAAGGGGGAGACAGCACUACUUGUUGCUGCAAAGAAUGGUGUGGUCGAGAUGGUGGAAAAGAUUAUUAAACUUUUUCCGGAGGCUAUAAAUGACAUGAACACAAGCAAGAAGAACGUAGUAUUGUUGGCGGUGGAAAAUAGGCAGCCUCAUGUUUACAGGUUUUUACUCGAAAAGAUUACAAUAAAAGAAGACAUUUUUCGGAAGACGGCAAGGGACAUAUUCAGUGAAAGUCACAAAGGUCUCAUCCAGAGUGGAGACAAAUGGCUCACCAGCACCUCCAAGUCAUGGUCCAUUGUGGCAGCCCUCAUAGCCACAGUCGCUUUCAGCACUUCCAUCACCUUUCCUGGCGGCUUCAAGGAAGAAAUCAACAAACCCACCUUCGCAAACGAGCCAGCAUUUAACAUAUUCACCAUAGCAUCCUUUCUCGCACUCUGUUUCUCUGUGACAUCGGUGGUCAUGUUCCUCGCCAUACUCACUUCCAGAUACCAAGAAGAAGACUUCCGCAAGGACUUGCCAAUAAAACUUUUGGUGGGAUUGACGACUCUCUUCGUGUCUAUUGCUUCUACUAUGGUCUCUUUUUGCUCCAGCCACUACUUUGUGCUUACAGAUGAUCUGAAACACUUCGCGUUCCCGGCAUAUGCCUUCACAUGCCUGCUGGUGACAUUUUUCACCAUGGCACAAUUUCCGUAUUACUUUGAUCUUAUAUGGAGUUACUUUACGAAGAUGCCUCAGCCAAGCUACUAA